ACGCAGGAAACUCGUGGCUUUCCUUGAACUUUUUCCUAUUAGUCGCGACUUGAUUUAACUUUUAUUUAAGUACCCAGUACUAAAAUAUUUUACCCAACAAUAAUGUCCGAAGUAUUGCAGCGCUUGGCUUCCACUGAAGUUAGAAAGGCAAGAGAUCCAAUAGAUCGGUUCCUGGAGCGACGUCAACUCUUUCGGAAGCAUAUGCUAGGGGAUGCCUCGAGUCUGUUUCGAGUGGUCGCUGAGCAGGUGUACGACACCCAGAUGCUUCAUUACGAAGUGAGGAUGGAGUGCGUUCGCUAUAUGUUCACGAAAUGGAAGACCUUCCGGCGAUUUGUGAGUGGAGACUUCGACGAGUACUUGUGGCAUUUGGGCAAGACCAAGACGGCGGGCACCAUACUGGAACUGGGUGCCAUGUGCCACCUGUACCGCCGCAAUGUCAUCAUCUACGAACCCUUCGAUAUGGGCCGGAUGGUCACCUACAACAAGGACUACAAGGAGAUCCUACGUAUCUUUAUGAACAGCAUGGGGCAUUUUGAAACCGUGCUGACUAUGCAGGACGUCGAUAUGGCCGCCGUUUGCCAGUCUGUGUCCUUCAAGAUGCUUUACAAGCACCUGUUCCGCCUGCCAGAUGUUGAUCUCGCUGUGGAAUGGAUGCUGUAUCCAGAUACCUUCAAAAUGGGCACUGAAUAUGAGUUCGACUCGCGCGGCCGCGCCAUCCGUUUGCUGUGCCGCAACGGACGAAGCUUCAAGCUGGAUCGCCCUGAGAGCACCAUUUGCUUGCUUGAAAACUCCCAGAUGUGCCCGUUUCAUAAUCGCAGGCUAGCAAUGGGCGGACAGUUUGCCGACUUUUCCUGCAUGCGGAUCCUUCUGGAGGAGAACAACAUUCCCUUCUCCUAUUUGGUAGCCAAGUCAAUGGAUCCCUGUAGGUAUCGUAACGUGGAGCUGACUAGCGCGAUUGAAGCUCGUCGUGAAGCGUAUGAAUUUGGUAUUUACAUAGGCGACUAUAACUUCAAGGUGGGAGCUAAGUGCCAGGUGCAGUUGGAUACCAAUAGACGCGAUCUGCUCAGCGCUUGUUACAUCCAAUCGAUCGAUAAGAAGAAGUCCGUUUGUAAAGUGUUUAUCGAGGAGCAGGGAAAACUGGUUGAUGUGCCCUCCGAUAAUCUACAUCCACUGCCACCAGAUGAAUUCAAGGCCUGGGACUUUGCUCGCAAGCGGCCCCAACGUCUCCACAAUAGCCAAAUGGGGAGACAGUCGGUACAAGGUGAUCAGCAAGGAUUCGUCCCUGACCCGAUGCCUGGUACGGCUCCCUCGAUGCCACCACCACCGGUGGCCGAUCCUCGUCCGGUUAACGUAACAGCACAGCAGCCACCUGUUUUCGGGCCCUCUAGAUGGAUGGAACCCACCCGGCCGUUGAUGCCUAAUCCUUUGAUGAUACAUCAGACAGGAUCGUUCGUUUUCGUCCAACAACCACGAGUUGGUCCGCCGUCGGUCAUGAUGCACGUUUUGAUAAUUGUACACAACGCACCAUACAUGCUUGCGUUUGAUCAUGCCCCCCACCCGCCUGCACCCCAGUGCACUGCCCCAUUUUAAUAUAUUUUUUUCUUGUUUUUACAAAUAUGUCAAUUUAAAUAUUUAUAUUUAACAUGUUUAACAUGUCGAAAAUCAGAAUAAAACGUGAAAAACAG